AUGGACCAAAAGACAUAUAUCGAAAUUGAAGGUACGCAAGAGCUUGAGUACCACCUACCAAACGAGUUGGAUAAGUUUGAUGGCCCCAUACGACACCGGAAAGAGAUCACGGGCACCGACAGACAGGGCAAGGCCAGGCUUAUGUCUAUAGUUGGAAUCAUGCCUACAGUGGUACACGGAUGGGCUAAUGGCGAGAUACACACGCUCAUAAUCUAUGAAUGGAAGACCGUACCUGGGCACCAGGGCCUUCGCUUCAAAGACUUGAUAAUCGAAGUAUCGUUUGUCGCAAAUGGUCCCCGUGGUGCGGCUGAGGAUGAGGCCCGCGACAUGCGCAGCCGAGGAUUUAAAUCCAACGUUUCGGAUCCCGAGGUGGUAUCAGCUGUACCAAGUGCAGUGCAGUUGUAUAAUGUGACAAAACACAAAAUAGGGGGGAAUAAUACAGGCGAAUUCGGGUUCAGCGCCGGCUUUGCGCCGUAUUUUUCAGCAGAGGCCAAGUACAUCAUGGAGCGCAACUCCGCUGUUAGUAUUACUGAUGCCGUACAAGUUGCUGGCCAACCUUACGUCGUUGGCUCUGGUCGCAGCCGCCUGAAUGCCAUUCGAUGGACUAUUCUAGAAAAUGAUUCCCAGCGCCCAGGUAUUCCUGCAUACUUACGGACCGCCGUACUGCUCAAGCGCCAAUCUGAUGACGACGGACUAUUCCUUGGGCAUGUCAAGAUAAAAUCGCACGUUUCCUGGUGGGAAGAUAUUAUGGAAACAAAGGGGAAAGUCUUUGGCGACAUCAAGCCAGAUGACCCCAUUAUCUUUGACCCAAAGGAACCAACAAGCUCGGUCUUUGAUCAUCAAAAGGCGAAACUUGAUCUUGUUGACCUCGACGCGCAGUUUCGAAUGGUAUGCUUAGCAACGCUACAGACAACAAAAAGCGAGAAUAUUGGCGAAGAUAACGAAGAAAGAUUGACUGAAACCUCAGGCGAGAAUUGA